AUGCGCUCGAGCGGCCACAGACCACUGCCAUUUGUCUCGGAUCCAAGACCCACGGAUGCAUCUCGUCUGGACAGCAGCCGCAGGGAGCUGCGGCGGCUGAGCGAGUUGGAGCGGUUGCAGAUGGCGAGGGGGCGCAGUCUCGAGCAGCACUGGAGCCUUGCACGCACCGGAGGCAGCGUCGCCGCUGCUGUGGCUACUGCUGAUGCUUCCUCGUCGCCCAGCGAGCUGUCGCAUCAGGGCCGACUGUUGGCAGAGGCGACAGCUGGAGGAACAGCAGUCCUGCGCCUAUCCUCGCCCUACGUCUAUGGGCGCUUCUACACGACGCUGACGCUGGGGACGCCGGCGCGCGAGGCGUACGUGGUGCUGGACACCGUGUCGAGCCUCUCGUGGCUCUACUGCGACUGCAUCCACUGCCCCUCCUCGCCGCCCCUCACCGACCCGACGAAGCCGCGCACGUUCUUCAACUCGUCCGCAUCCUCGACCGCAUCCGCGCUCGCGUGCAACAGCGGCGCGUGCGCGGCGUUCCCGAUGGCGGCGUGCGGCGCGCUGGAGACGUACUCGCAGGCGGGCGUGUGCGAGUACUACACGCCCGACUCGGCGGGCGACGUGCUCACGGACGCGCUGCGCGUCACGAGCGCGGACAGAGUCGUCUCCGCGCCCACCGUCGCCUUCGGGUGCGCGCGGGUGGACGCGCAAGGGGGUAGCGGGAUCUUUGCGGAGGUGGACGGCGCACUGGGGCUGGGCACGCAGCCGUACUCGCUGCUCGGGCAGCUCUCCGCCUCCGCCAACGGCACUGCUUCCGCCGCCGCCUCCGCCACCGCUUCCGCCGCUGCCGCUGUAGCUGCCGGUGGUGGUGCUGGUGCUGCUGCGGCGCCUGCGGGGCCGGCGGCGGCGGUGGCGGCGGUGUGGUCGCUGUGCUACGACAGCAUGGCGAACUCGGGCGUGCUGGUGCUGGGGAGCAUGACUCCGCCCGCUAAUAUGGUUACCACGCGCUUCGACACCGCUGCGGACGAUUCAAGCUACUACCUGCCGGUGUGGCGCAUGCGCGUGGGGAGCAUCGAGGUGCCAGGCAGCAAGUCGCUCAGCCGCAGAACCGUCGGCGCUGCGGGCGCGGAGGGCGCAGGGGGCGGAGGGGCGACGCGCGGAGGCGUGGUGGUGGACUCGGAUAUCACGUACACUGCGCUGCGGGGGGAUGUGUUCCUGCGCGUGGUGAAGCUGGUGUUUGCUGACCCAAGGCUCGUGAGGCAGGACGCGGGAGGCGAAGUGUGUGUGUUCGUCAAGGCCAGUGACACCAAUGUGGUGUCGUUUCCAACCAUCUUCUUUGACUUCAAGGAGGGCUCCUACGAGGUCACCUUCAACAACUACCUCAUGAUGAAUGACGCAAGUGAAGCAGGGGCCACGCUGUGCCUGACAGCAUAUGCGCUCCCGAACAACCGAGUGCAUGACGCCCACAUUGGCACUCUGUGGCUGCGGGAUCAGUUCAUUCAGUUCAACCUGCCCAACAAAACCAUGAGCUUCGUGCCCCUCAACUCCCCUGCCCCUGCCUCUUCCUCGCCCCCGUCCUCCUCCCCCUCCUCUGCCCCAUCCCCUGCCCGGAACCCCCUGAGUGAUCCCAAGAAGAAGAGCAGUGCGCAUGCAAGCAAGCCUGCUCCCAGUGCACAUGCCCACCUUGCUCCUGCUUCAGCUGCUUCCCCCAGCCCUGCCGCUUCUGGCAAGGGAGCAGGGAAGUCAAAGGCCCCAGCUGCUGAAGCACCAAGUGAAGCGCCUAGUGGGGUGCCCUAUAAAGGGGAUGGGGAGUGGGGUGUUGCAGGGGGAGUGGGGGUGGGGGAGGGUCACGAGGUGCGGGGAGUGGAAGGGGUUAGCAGCGGAGGGGAGAAGGUGGCUCCGGGGAAUGCAAGUGCGCUCAGCCCUCCUCUGCCUGUCAGCCAUAAGAAGACCGCUGAGAGCUGGAACUCUUCCUCCUCCAACCGGCCUCCUUCCCUGGGAUCCGUGGCCCUUUCAGCGCUUCUCUCAGUAACUGCCGUGCUCUUCCUAGCACCACCAUUGCAUCACCGCCACCGCCCAUAG